AUGUGUGGAAACCUCUUGAUCGCCACACUGGUGUUCUAUGGUAAAACCCUCCAUUGUCCCAUGUAUUUCUUCCUCACCCAACUGUCUUUAUCAGAUAUCUUGCUGGCAACUGAUAUUCUUCCUAACAUGCUCCAUGCUAUCUUGAUGAAAGGGACUUGCAUUCCAUUAUCUGCUUGUGUCACACAGUUUUUUUUCUUUGGUGUCUCAGAAACUUUUGACAGUCUUCUUUUGACAGUGAUGUCUUAUGACAGAUAUUUGGCCAUCUGUAAGCCUUUGCAUUAUGUUUUGCUCAUGAACAAUAGGGUUUGCUGGAUAAUGGUCACCACAAGCUGGAUGGCAAGUAUUUUAAUAGUAUUAAUUCACACUUUAAGCAUAUCACAAUUACAUUUUUGUGGGCCAGAUAUCAUUGACCAUUUUUUCUGUGAUCUUGAUCCCAUUCUAGCACUCUCCUGUUCUGAUACCACCACUGUCCAUUUAGAAGUGACAUCACUAAGUGCUCUUUUUGUAGUCAUCCCAUUCUUUGUCAUCAGUGUGUCCUAUGUUUAUAUUAUAGUCACCAUUUUCAAAAUGUCAUCCAAUGCUGGAAGAAAGAAAGCUUUUUCAACCUGCAGUUCUCACAUGGCCGUUGUUUCCAUCUAUUAUGGCACUCUAGUUUGUGUUUAUUUGGUCCCGAGUAGGGGACAAUCAUGGAACGUUUCUAAGUUUCCAUCCUUAGUGUAUACUGUAGUUAUUCCGCUGCUGAAUCCCAUUAUAUACAGCCUGAGGAAUAAAGACUUGAAAAAGGUUUUAGGAAAACUAAUAAGCAAUUCUUUUACCAUGAACUGA